CCGAAGCUCGAAUAUCAACAUGCACGUGAAGGAUCAGGUGACAUUGAAGGGUUCGAAUCCUUCUGCCGCCUCGCAAAUCAGAAGCAGGAUCUUCGGCCAUGAUGGGUCAACAUCUGAAGGUCACAUCUUCGCUUCACUAUAUUUCAGCCUUCUAUAUUCUUUAAGGAGAGAGCGGAGGCGGAUUAAUGUCAUUCGGAGACUUAUUAGUUGUGUAUCAUUGUGUGUCCAGUGGCUGUGCCAUUUGUAUCGUUCGGCUCCAAAAGGAAAGUGCCAAACUUGAACAUAACCGUGACUGCCAAGUGCCACCGACGUUUGCAACGUGCGAUAACAACCGGAAGAUACUAUUAUCAUGGACAGGAACUCUAAAGCAAGUCGCCGGUGGAUCCACUUUCACUCAGCCAUUCAGCUUGCCGUCUCGCGCGCGUCACACAAAUGGACCUUCGACGAGUUCGCUCUUUGCUUCCCGGAAUUUGUUGAACAAGACAGGGACACCGCGUCCCAGCUAUUCAACCGCACCUCUGAUUACAUCGAGAGCCAGAUAUCGAGAAUGAUAGAAGAUAUAUGCAAAGAGCAUGACAUGCAAACCAGCAUAGACACGCUGCAUCGCAUCGUGAAUGAAGCCAAGGAACGCGACCAAGCUCUCGCAGCGACCGGACAACCUCCUCCGCCCGAUGUAUGGUCUUCGUCAACCACCCCGCGCAACGCUAUUGCUGCGCGAACAGUGCCUCUCCUACGACAGCAUCGAGACCAGCUCAAGGUUAUGUUGGCUGAGCAACGAGAGAGGAACGCCCAAAUGCUACGCGUCGUGGCAGAAAAUCGCGCCGCGGCAGAGGUUGCAGAUCGUCAAGUGCACGAGAUAAUGGACGCUAUCGAGAAGGUCAUAGCUGAGUUCGAAAGGCUGCCUGUCGAGACUCUCGAUUCCUGGGCGGUAACUGUACACGAGGCCGUACAAGGUCGACCCUCGCCGUAAUGUGCACGGGAUACCAGCAAUUUAUUGUACACUAUUCGUGAG